CGAGGGUUUCGAAAUCCUCGCCUACAUCACCAUCCGCUUACAGGUGUGAGCGCGCGCACGCGCGCAUCGCGACCGCUCGCGUGUGCGCGUGGAGUCGGAGCGGGCCGAGCGGGCGAGCGGCGACGGCGGCAGUCGCGACGCCGACGUGAGGCGGUGUAUCGUGCGCGGAGUGCGAGUUCCCUUGUUUUCGCGAUUUUCGUCUCGUGCGAACGCGCGGCGACGCACCUUAAUCGAGUGCUCCAGGUGAUUGACGACCCCCGAAUUGUGAUAACCAAAAUUUCGCGCGGAGAUGUGACCGAUUGUUCGAUAGCGGCGACCUUGGCGGGACGGUUGAUCCUGACGCAUUGUUCCGUUGCAUUCGCGAAGAAUUCACAGGCGAUCAUGGGACAGGGAUACGCGUCAGAAAGAGGACAGCAUCAUAGACCGCAGGAUCGCGCGGAUUAAGUGCGUGUCGCCAUGGCGAGGUGGAGAUGGAUCCUGUUGAUUCUGACGACCGUCUGGACGCUGAGCGAUGGCUAUUUGGCGGUAUUGCCGUCCAGCACGCCUGCCGGCACCGUUGUCUUCGAGGCCGGGGUGCCGCAGCUGGGCGGUCGUCGCAAGUACGAGGCGUCCAGCGAGCGUACCGCUUGGUUCGCCCGGAAGCUCCUCAAAGUCCAUCCGCACACAGGUCGCGUGACUCUGGCGAGGACGCUCAGCUGCGACGGUCUCCAGUAUCCACGUGUUUUCACCUUCUACGUUGACUCGACGAGCUCUCGCCUUGGUAGACCUACCAUCGACUAUUACAGUUUGCCAUUGAGGAUUCUGAUCACCGGAUGCGGCGGCGAGAAUCGUGACCUGGCGGCCACCAGAGGUUGGAUGGCAGAGACUCUGGCCUCUUACGCGAUGCCUAGUACCGAUAGGUUUACCGAGGUAUGUUUGCGGACAUCUCAACUAGUAGCAGCUCUCCGCGACUUUCUACCCCAGACGGCAUUGAAGGAAUGCGAAACGAGAUGGGGUGGAGUAGCGGAUCCCAGAUUUCUCGUGGAAGGUGCUGCCGGGGAUCUGGUUUCCGCCACCGAGCAGUGCCUAGUCGAUCCAUUAUGGAAGGUCUCAGUCAGCAUGAACUUGCGUUGCGCCGGUGACUCGCGUCUGACCGAUGCCGAGCAUCGGCUGAAGAUCGUGUUCCAUCAUCGUCAACUGGACGACACCGAUUUAGGUAGAAGGGUGAGGCGAGAGCUCAAGAAUCAAUCGCCGUAUUUCGAGCAGCCGCUCUAUGUCGCUGCGGUAGAAGAGGAAAGAGAGCCUGGGGUGUACGUAACUUCAGUGAGGGCUAGAGAUCCUGAAAACGGCGCCGUACGAUAUUCCAUGAGUUCGCUGAUAGAUGCGAGAUCACAGGCGUUAUUAGCUCUCGAUCCAGUAACCGGAAGAGUAACUACACGUGCCAGAUUAGAUAGAGAGAACGUCGACGUCCACUAUUUUCGGGUGUUGGCAGUGGACGAUUCGUUUCCUCCGCGCACCGGUACAACGACUCUUCAAGUUAACGUAUUAGAUGCAAAUGAUCACGCGCCUAGUUUUGAGGGGCCGGAAUAUGACGCGUCGGUGCGCGAAGGUGUUCCGGUAGGUUCCUCGGUGAUUACAGUUAAGGCUACAGAUCAGGAUACUGGAAGGAAUGCUGAGGUGGAAUACUCUAUUGUCUUCAUCACGGCGGGUGGUAGCACCACGCAUACAGAGGAUACAGCAACCUUCAGAAUCGACCCUAGAUCCGGCGUGGUUACCACACGAACUACGCUUGACCGCGAGCAAACCGAAAUCUACACGGUGGUACUUAGCGUUACGGAUCAAGCGACACCACCCUCGGCGCGACGUAAUGCAAAUGCGACCUUGAUAGUACGUGUGUUGGAUGAUAACGACAACUAUCCGCAGUUCACUGAACGCACGUACUCGGCAGCUGUACCGGAAGACUUGGAUUACACGACUAAUCCGGUGAUAGCUCGUAUCAGGGCGACUGAUGCGGAUGCCGGCGCCAAUGCAGCUGUCCGCUAUGCUAUCAUCGGCGGCAACACACAGAACACCUUCUCGAUCGACUCGAUGAGCGGCGAUGUCGCUCUAGUUAAGCCACUCGACUACGAGUCUACUAGGAGCUACAAGAUUGUCAUACGCGCCCAGGACGGCGGCUCGCCUGCGCGCUCCAACACCACUCAGCUUCUCGUGAUGGUCAGAGAUGUGAACGACAACGCGCCGAGAUUCUACACCAGCCAUUUUCAGGAAUCGGUCUCGGAAAACGUGCCGCUCGGAUAUUCGGUUCUGAGGGUGCAAGCGUAUGACGCUGACGAGGGCAACAACGCGCUCAUCAGAUACACCAUCGGCGCGCGAGAUUUUACCGGCGCUUCCACGGAGAACUUUCCUAUCACUGUGAAUGCAGAAACGGGUUGGAUUUACACGACGAAGCAGUUAGAUCGCGAACAGUGCUCAAGAUACCAAUUUACUGUAAUCGCUGCGGAUUCUGGAGAGGAACCAAAAUCCGCAAGUGCGACAGUAAUUCUUACGGUAACCGACGUGAAUGACAAUGAUCCUUACUUCGAGCCAAAGAACUACGAAGCUGUAGUGUCCGAAGAUGAUCCGCCGGGCACCCCGGUUGCCUCGGUGACCGCCACCGAUCCGGACGAGGACGCGAGGAUUCAUUACGAGAUUACAGGUGGCAAUACGCGCGGACGCUUCUCUAUUGCAUCGCAGAACGGCCGUGGCCUUAUCACUGUCGCUCAGCCGCUCGACUACAAGCAGGAAAAGCGGUUUGUGCUGACAGUGACGGCGUCAGAUAGCGGCGGUCGCACCGAUACCGCUCUGAUCUAUGUCAACAUAUCGGACGCCAACAAUUUCUCUCCAGUAUUCGAAAACGCGCCGUACUCGGUCUCGGUGUUUGAGGACGCACCGAUCGGUGUAACCGUCCUGGUUGUAAGUGCCACCGACUCCGACGUUGGCAAGAAUGCCCAGAUCACGUACAGCCUGGCGACUGACAACGGCGAGCAAACGGUCACCGAGUUUACCAUCAAUCCACAGACCGGAGCUAUUACAACGACGAAAGCGCUCGAUCGCGAACUGGUACCCUCGUACCUGUUGACGGUGACCGCUCGAGAUGGCGGAGUGCCACCGAUGUCGGACACCACCGAUGUGGAAAUCUCCGUUACGGACGUAAAUGACAAUGCGCCGGUCUUCGAGGCGCCACAAUAUCAAGGUUCGAUUCCCGAGGACGUUUUGGUGGGUACCAGUGUGCUAAGAGUCUCGGCGACCGAUGCGGAUACUGAUCUCAAUGGCCGGGUAAGAUACGCUUUAGAAGACGAUGGUGAUGGCGCGUUCGCAAUUGACUCUACGACAGGCAUCAUUAGGACCGCGAAACCACUAGACCGAGAAUCGGUGGCAUAUUACAUCUUAAAGGCUGUUGCUAUAGAUCGCGGUUCGCCCGCGCUCUCGUCCAUUGUUCCCGUCACCGUCAAAAUUGAGGACAUCAAUGAUUCACCACCUGCUUUCGAGAACGAUAAGAUUAUUCUCUACAUCGCCGAGAACUCACCGAUCGGCUCGACCGUAGGCGAGAUCUAUGCCCACGAUCCGGAUGAGGGUCUUAACGCAGUCGUGCAGUACAGCAUCAUCGGCGGCGAAGAUUCCAAUAGUUUUAGUUUAAAUAUUCGCCAAGGUGCUGAUCGGGCUGAAUUAAUUACCCUCGAGGAACUCGACUAUGAAUCACCGAAGAAGAAGUUUGAACUUGUAGUGCGAGCCGCGUCGCCGCCGCUGCGCUCGGAUGCAGUGGUGCAAAUCUUGGUGACCGAUGUGAACGACAAUGCUCCAGUGCUUAAGGACUUUCAAAUUAUUUUCAACAACUUUAAGGAUUUCUUCCCAACCACCCCGAUCGGCCGAAUACCAGCAGUAGACGCUGACGUGACGGACAAUCUUGUUUACAACAUUCUCGCCGGCAACAAUGCGAAUUUAAUCGAUCUUAACAAGACGACCGGCGAGAUUCGGCUGUCGCCACAGCUCAAUACCAACGUGCCACGAGUAGCGACUAUGGAAGUUGCUGUGACAGAUGGUAUCAACGAAGCAAAGGCCACGAUGACGUUAUCAGUGCGUCUGAUUACUGACGAGAUGCUGCUGAACUCAAUCACAGUAAGAUUAGACGACAUGACAGUAGAAGCAUUUCUUAGCCCUCUUCUGGGUUACUUCCUGGAUGGCUUGGCAGCUAUCAUUCCAUGUCCGCGCGAGAACAUCUUUCUUUUCAGCGUCCAGGAAGAUGCAAACGUUCACAGCAAGAUUUUGAACGUGAGUUUCUCGGCGCGCAAGGUCGAACCAGGCACGGUCGACGAAUUUUACAGUCCGCAAUUUCUUCAAGAACGGGUAUAUCUCAACCGCGGUAUCCUAGCGAGAUUGGCGACCGUUACUGUUUUGCCUUUCGACGACAAUCUUUGUGUUCGUGAACCUUGUCUGAACUUCGAGGAGUGCCUGACAGUGCUCAAGUUUGGCAACGCAUCUGGCUUUGCCAGUAGCGACACGGUCCUCUUUCGACCUAUCUAUCCGGUGACCACGUUUGCGUGCAGAUGCGCUCGUGGCUUUACCGGCAGUCGUGAGGCUUACAUGUGUGACACCGAAGUGAACCUGUGUUACUCGAAUCCUUGUAUAAACGGCGGUACCUGUCACAGGCGAGAAGGUGGGUAUUCGUGUACCUGCCGGCCGGAUUUUACUGGCGUAAACUGCGAGAUUUCAUUGGAUCGCGAUACAUGUUCACUCGACAUCUGCAAGGGCGAUUCUCAGUGUACUGUAAAAAAUACAGGCGGCUUCACCUGUGAAGGCUGCCCCGUAUCGGCUCAGGAAAGUGUAACAUCUUUCUGCGAACUGAGAGCACGCAGUUUCGGUCCGGCGACAUUUCUCACCUUCGCUUCUCUUAAGCAACGCCAUCGUCUUCAUCUUAGACUGAAAUUCGCUACCGAAUUGGCCGAUGGUCUGUUGCUUUACAAUGGUAGAUAUAACGAACGCCAUGACUUUAUCGCCUUGGAAAUUGUCGACUCGCGCGUACAAUUCAGUUUUUCCCUCGGUGACGAAGUGACAAGGGCGACAGCGAGCAUUCCAGGAGGUGUCUCGGACGGUCGAUGGCACGAAGUGGUGGUCUCGUAUUUUAAUCGGACAGUGACGGUGUCUCUAGAUGAUUGUGACGUUGCGCUUGCUCUAAAGCAUGGAGAGAGAUUGGGUGCGAGAUGGGCCUGCGCCGGUAGAAGCGAGAGGGUCCUCGAGGAACGUUGUGGAAUUGUCACCGAAACUUGCCACCGAUUUCUUGACUUGACUGGACCGUUGCAGUUGGGCGGUCUGCCAGCGAUCCCAUCCAGUUUCCAAAUCCGGAACAAAGAUUAUGUAGGAUGCAUUAGUGAUCUCUACAUCGAUCAUGUUUUUGUUGACUUAAAUUCAUUUGUAGCGGACAAUGGAACGAAUGCCGGCUGCCCUGAGAAGGCAACCUUUUGUGCCUCAUCGCCCUGCAGGAAUAAUGGCAAAUGCCGCGAAAUUUGGUCAGGUUUUGUAUGCGAGUGCGAACAUAACUUCGCAGGAGCUACUUGUGCCGAAGAGAUCGGUGCACCGUAUGGCUUUCAUGGCGACGGCAUGCUUGGCUUCAAUCCGUUACUGCGACCUAUUCAGCUCCCGUGGACAACAGCCUUAAGUCUCCGAACUCGCGUACGACAGGCAUUCGUCAUGAGCGUACAGAUCGGCCAGAAUAGCUCAGUCCUGUUAGAAAUUCGAAAUGGCAAGCUAGUCGUUUCGUUGGACAGUGCCGAUGUAAUUCGAACUAGCGGCACAGUUGCGGAUGGUGAGUGGCAUCGCGUGGAGAUCAUCUGGCAAAGCGGCCACGUGUCCCUAGACACGGACUAUCGCGAACGACCUAUGACCGUACCACUACCAGCCAAGUUACAGGGUCUGUAUGUCGGCAGAAUUCUCGUAGGCGGUCCAGAUCAAGCGACCAACAUUGAUCUACCAUUCUUCAAUGGCUGCCUGCAAGACGUAAGAAUCGGUACCAAUCAAAGUGUUCUUCAGCGACCAACCGUCCAAGAGAAUGUCGACGCCGGUUGUCCAUCCGAGACUCAAUGUACCUUGGAUUGUCCGCAGGCAUCAGUCUGUGUCACGCAGUGGCGGUCGAGCGAAUGUGUAUGUGCGGCUGGCCGCGUCGGUCCCGACUGUGAACGCGUCUGCAAUCUCGAACCCUGCAACGACGCCGGCACUUGUAUCGAAGACGCAAUUGACAUGCGACGCGGUUACCGAUGUGAAUGCGAUUCUCCCGAUAUCUCCGGAGAGUAUUGCGAGACAAAGAGCGAGCAACCUUGUCCGGCAACAUGGUGGGGAUCCCCAAUCUGUGGACCAUGCCACUGUGACGAGAGCAAGGGCUACGAUCCCGCUUGCAAUAAGACUACUGGCGAGUGUCAUUGCAAAGAGAAUCACUAUCAACCGAGUGGGAGAAAAGAGUGUAUACCGUGCGAGUGCUACACAAUCGGUAGCUUUGGGCCUCGUUGCGACAGCGAGACUGGUCAGUGCCGCUGUCGGACCGGAGUGAUCGGUCGUUCGUGCACCGACUGUCCAAAUCCUUAUGCCGAGGUGACUUUAAGGGGCUGUGAGGUGGUUUAUGAUGGUUGUCCCAGAUCGUAUUCGGACGGUUUGUGGUGGCCGCGAACUCUCUUCGGGAUGACAGCUAUCGAGGAUUGUCCUGGCACCGCUGAAGGCAAAACCGCAAGAUCUUGUGACGAUAAAUUAGGUGGUUGGCAACCACCUGAUCUCUUUAAUUGCACUUCGGAGGCCUUCGUCGAACAACGACAUCAACUAGCUGCUUUGGAGAUCAAGGAUCUCACAUUAAACACUUACGUAGCCGUGAAGAUGGCAAAGGACGUUCACAGAGCAGUGAAUGUUACGAGAGAGAUGUACGGAGCGGAUCUUUUGGUAGCAGAAUCUUUGCUGGUGGCAUUGCUACGUUACGAAGAAAGUUUAGUAGGUCUGAAUCUGACUCACAGUCAGGACAAAGAUUAUGUUUCCCAUUUGGUCGGCAUAACCGGAGCAAUUCUACAGUCGAAAUACAAAGAAAAAUGGGAAAAGAUAGGAAAGCUUAAUGGAGAUAAUCCCGAUAAGAUUUUGGACGCUAUGGCGAGAUACUUGAAGACUUUAACGGCAUCUCAACAUGAUACUUUUACUAAUCCCUUUGAAGUAGUCGAUGAUAACGUUGUGCUGGGUUUAGACAUCGUAACAUCAGAGAGUCUCUUUGGCUAUGAGGCCGUCGAGUAUAAGGAAGAUCUCUCCUUAUCAACAGCAAGACCUGCGGAAGCUGAUCGGAAAGUUAUUUUGCCUGAUACCUCUGCUUUUCUGAGUUCUUCAGCGCACUUUGGUCCAUCUAUUAAUUUCCCAAAAUACAACAAUUACAUGGCUGAUCCCAGCAGAUUCGAUCCUCACUCGAAGAUUCAAGUACCGCUCAAUACGUUAGGUAUCAAACCCCUUAUGCAGGGUGAGCUAAAUGUCAAGAAUAGUUUAAACAAUCGAAAGGCUGUGCUGAGUUAUGUGCAAUAUAAAGAACUUGGUGCUCUCUUGCCACAAAGAUUCGACGAUUCGGUAACAGUUAGAUGGGGAGUAGAAGUAGCAGUUGGAUCACCCGUAAUGACGGUCUCAGUGUUGGUUCCCUCAGAUAACGGCUACGAAUCCUUGACAGGAAUUCCUUUACAAUCGCCGAUUCAAGUUAGACUUUGGCUCAAUGAAAACAAUGAUUUUAAGACCAGAACAAACCCACAAUGCGUCCAUUGGAGCACGGCGAGAGGAAUCGGCGAAUGGAGUCGAAUGGGCUGUACCACAGAAGUCGAGGACAAUUCUUUAUCUUUCGGCACUAUCGUAAACUGCUCUUGCAUGAAACUCUCCACUUUUGCCAUAUUAACGGAUGUUCUUGAUCUCGAAUACGUCCCGGAGCCAUCCUUGCUAGAGGAUGUGACUAGUUAUAGCGCGUUCAUGAUCGCCUUACCUCUGCUAUUAUCCGCUUUGUUGAUUCUGGCAUUGAUCCGCGGCGGUGGUACUAACUCCAAUAGUAUUCACAAGAAUCUGGUGUUAUGCGUUCUCAUGGCGGAAAUUUUGUACCUGAUUGCGCUCAAAGCCAGAAGUCCUCUCAUUUCCAAUGAAUUUCCGUGUAAACUUACGGCGAUAGGACUGCAUUACGCUUGGUUGAGUACCUUUGCCUGGACUCUUGUAGACUCCAUUCAUCUCUAUCGGAUGCUGACGGAAAUGAGAGACGUGAACCAUGGCCAGAUGAGAUUUUAUUAUACAAUGGGAUACGGUCUACCGGCUGUCAUCGUUGGACUUACUAUCGGUGUCAGAGCCGAUCAAUACGGAAACUUUUAUUUCUGCUGGUUGUCCAUCUACGAAACCGUGAUCUGGUCGCUCAUAGGGCCUGUCUGCGCGGCUGUGUUAGUGAACUUUUGCAUUCUUGUAAUGUGCAUCCGCGCAGCAUUUACUUUAAAGGAGCAUAUCAUGGGUUUCGGAAAUCUACGAACGCUCCUAUGGCUAUCUGUGGCCUCAUUACCUUUGCUGGGAUCGACAUGGACACUGGCGGUUCUCAAUGCAUCAGAGAACUCAUCGAUGCUAUCGUACUUGCUGAGUGUCGCUAUCGUGAUUCACGCAGCGUUUAGCCUAAUUGGUUACUGCUUUAUCAACAGUAGAGUGAGGAGAAAUUUAUAUCAAAGUCUAUUAAGGUGUAUUGGUAAAAAGACACCUUUGCUGGACGGGAGUAUGGGCAACGGAAGUAGUAGUCAGAACGUAAACGGCCACUCGCGUUCAGCAUUAGCUUACUCUUCAACCUAUAGCGGAGCGGAAUCCGCAUGUAAGAGAGUCCACGUCGGUGUUUCUACGAGCAGCACAACUUCAAGAAGUACAAAUAAAACAGGUUCAAGUCCUUAUCGUAGUGAUACACAUUUAAGACACACAUCAACCUCCACAAGCAAUUAUAACAGCGAUCGAGAUCCGUAUCUGUCAUCGAGGAGUCAUCGAUCGGCACUACAUUCUCGACAAGCAGAAUCUAUGGAAGUAAGAAGCCAGCGUAGAGAAUCGGAGUCGGACACCGACGGUUCGCAAGCCGAAGCAGGCGGUAGGAGCCUGGAUCUCGCUAGUUCGCAUAGCUCCGACGAAGACGAUGUCACGUCGAGAUCACACAGAAACAUGGGAGUAUCCACACAGCAGCAUGUCACUCACAGUUACCUACCCAACAUUCACACUAAUCCUGCCGAACACUUAAAUAUACUUUGCUCAAACGCCGAGUUGUUUCCCAACAUCAAACCCAUCUACGCCCCCCGAUGGAGUUCUCAACUGCCAGAAGCAUACUUAUCAUCAAACGUGAUGGACGUGCGUAAUAGUCAAUGGUCUGGCGGCACUAUGUCAGAUAACGAAAUGGCCUCGAACAAGACUUCGAGUCCAAAUCCGCUACCAUAUCCAGAUAUGAGCUCGCCACAGAAGAGCCAAGUGGACGAGAAUUACUCGGAAGGUGAAGAGAAGGUGCACCAUCUGGGUGAAAAGUACCUGUUCCCUUAUACUGCUGAAGAAGACCAUACAAUAUCGCCCACUCCAUACAUGCUAUCUAUGUCAUCGCGCAUCCUCGCCUCCAGCAUGAGUCAUCACUCGCAAAACUCAAAUCACGAAAAUCUCAGUGGUUCCGAGCAACGUUACGGUAGCCUGAAGCGUGGCCAAAGUCUGCAUGGUUCCCAGCAUGACAAUCUCAGCGGUUCCGAGAGAUACGGCAGUUUGAAACGUGGCAAGAUGGGCACCCCCACCGUUCUGGAGGACAGGCCCGAGUACAUUCUACCGAUGAGUAGCAGAAUACUAUCAAGUUCGUUGACUCAUGACCUGCAACACAGCAACGAAUUAGCGGCGCUCAGGCAGCAACAACAGCAGCAGCAGUACGAGCAAACUAUCACUGAGACCGACGAGGAGGAAGGAUACUAAUGCGGAAACGUCCGUCUGACGAGGUCCGUGCCACGAACGAGAACAACGUACAAAGUAAUUUUAGUUUACGCCUAGCUUAAGUGUCCAACGCGCAAUAAAGACUCGAACGUCGUCGAUAUAUAUUUUAAGAAGCGGCCAUGACUGUACUUAUACAUACUUAGCCAUAUUAAUUAGCAUGUAUGUGUGAGUGCCUGUUUAUAUAUUGCAUAUGAAAGGUCUAUCAGAGAGAUCUUGAGAGAUAAUUUUUACAUUAAAAUAUAUUUCAAUGAUUUGAUAUAAUUAUAUAUAUGUAUGUAUAUAUUAUAAUAUGUCUUAUGUAUAUAUAUAUAUAUAUAUAUAUAUAUAUAUAUAUAUAUAUAUAUAAAAUACUAAUAUAAUAUAUACAAUACGUUAGUUAUAAUAUAUAUACAUAUAUAUACAAUAUCUAUUAUAAUUACAAAUCGGCAGUCAUCGCUCUAUGUCAUUGAAAAAUAUCUCGAUGUCAUUUUUAUCUAGUAUUACGCAGGUGGAGGAGUCAAAUUGUGCAAAAGAAAAAAAAAUUCAUAAUACUUAUGAAUCGUAUUUUGAGAAAUUUUUUGUAUUUGAGAUAAGUAUAGAAAAGAGUAAGAUUAAUGCUUGCACUGAAUCCUUCAAUCACUCUCUGAUCGACCUUAUAAAUAUUUGCGCUUGUUAUUAUUUUUAUUUAGGAGCGAUUUGACUCCAAUUUGUGAAUCUCCGAUUCUCAAUGAAUGAUCGUUGCUGCUAAUUAGCAAUGAUAUUCAGGAUGAUACGGAGAAUGAAAAUGAUCUCCAAUCAUUAUCAUACUCAUUAUAAUCUCAUUCCAUUCUAUCUUAAAUUUUCUCUUCUUGAGCUCAGUAUUGUGCAAUGUAUACAUUCCACUACCUACUCUCUCUCUUAUAUACAGGAUAAUUCUCAAUUGUAUAUUAAUACUUUAAAAGUUUAGAGGACAAAGCUAAAAAUCGAAACAAAAAAAUGUCAUUUAAAUUAUUUAGAUUUUUGUAUAACAUCUUUUUCUUAUCUUGAACUCUAUAUUCCUAUCUAAAGUAUUGACAUAUAAUUAAAAAUCAUCCUGUAUAAGUAUAUGUAUAAUUUUAGGUUUCAUUUACUUUUUUAUAGAAGUUUACAACGUUUUUUUUAUUUUAUGCCAUGAAGAAGAAAAAAUAGCAUAAGUUGAAGCGUACAAUCAUGCAGCGUGGUUUUUCAUACUUUUUGUAUAUACACUCAUACUAGACGAAGAGAAAAAAGAACAUGUGACAAAAUACAUAAUUUAUAUAUUCCUCCGU